AUGCCCAACUACUCGAUCACCGAGCCCCACCCAACAGUGGCAGCAUCGACCUGGUGCCAUGCCGGUCGUGGAGGCGCCGGCAACUUCUUCAAGGCUCCCAAGGCGGUGACAUCGCCCUCAGGCGUGCCCACCCCCAUCACACAGACCAUCAGCAACUCGACCACGGCCACGAACAAGUUCCACUCUGGCCGUGGUGGCGCCGGCAACGCCCACUCCAGCAUCGAGCGGCCCGUCAUGUCCUUCGAGGCCGAGUACGAGCGCAAGGAGCGCACCGAGUCGGUCACGAGGCCCGCCUUCACCGGCCGUGGCGGCGCCGGCAACUUCAAGUCCGCCUCCAGCAAGCAGUCCCGCAAGGGCAGCGACGCGUCCACCAUCAGCAACGCCUCCACCAAGAGCGGCAGCAGCACGCGGUCGGGCUUCAUGGGCAGGCUGAGUGCAUCGCUGUCGAACAGACAAUAG